AUGAAACUAGACUACUUCGAGGGCAUCUUUAGCCACGCGCGGCAGUCGCUGAACAACAUCGUCAGCACGGAACGCCAGCGCAUCUUCCCGCGAUCCUCCAAGGCGGCCGAGAAGCUGCACAAAGCGCCAUCACGUUUGACACCGAGCCAGCGACGGCUGACGAUCGGCGCCGCCGUUGUAGUGGGCGCUAUCACCGCCUACGCUACCGUGUCACGUCUCUUCACACUUUUCGAGCGGCGGCGGUGCUUGCGCCUCAUCCAGCAGUGCGAGGCCCGCGAGACGGAGCUGUUUCUCUUCAUCCUCCCUCGCUCACCUUGGGCUCCUAGCUUGUCGCCGGCCUGCACACGUGUGGAGACGUUCCUGCGCGCCAACGGGAUCCCGUACACGGCGAUUGAGACAAUCGACCCGCUCGGCGCCCUCAACGGCGAGCUUCCCUUCCUCAUCUACAAGCGCCAGCGCGUUGACCAGCUCCCCAAGAUGAUGGAGCUCAUCACGUCGGAGUUCAAUGUGGCCAUGGAUAGCACCCUCACCCGUGAUCAGCGCGCCAUCGGGGCUUCUCUGCGAUGCACGCUGGAGUACAGCGUAGAGCGUUUACUCUACCGCAUCGUCUUCAUUGACCACGCGUCCCUGGCAGUGGCGCAGAUCGCGCGUGCACUGCACAUGUCUCACCUGCGCGCGCGACUCGCCGUGCGCGGCUAUGUGAUCAAGCUGAAGAAGCGACUCGCCAUCACCGCGUACGGCUCGCUUGUCAGUAAGCAGUGCGAGAACGAGUUUUUACAGGACUGCGAGGCGAUAGAGGCGCAGAUUGGCCACAAGCGGUACUUGUUCAGCGACACCACCAUGACGAGCUACGACUGCGCCGUGUACGCGCUGCUUGUCUCCUUUGCGUACAUGGGCAGCCAUGCGUCACUGAGUGCCGCCUGCUCGACUGUUGCGGACAGCGCGGUGCUGAUGGCGUACAUCAACCGUAUUUCGAAGCGGCUGUUUUCGGACAUCGGUUCCGGCUUUGAUGUCGCGCGCAUCUCCUUUUCCACCUCCUGUAUGGACAGGAGCGAUGAUUGA